AUGACUCUCUCCAAGACGAUCGCCGCCCUCCUGGCAGGCGCCGGUGCGGUCUCCGCCCGAUCUGGUGCCGGUACAUCGUUGGACCCCGUUCAGCCCGUGCUCCGACCCGAUGGCGCCCUGGCCAAAGAUCCACUGGCUCACCUAGGAGGCAACGGGCCUUGGACUGCCGCCGGUGAUGUCAACGGGAUUUCCUCUGAUGUGCCCGAGAACUGCCAUGUCGACCAGGUUGCUUACGUCCUUCGGCACGGGUCCCGCUACCCAGACACGGGCGCCCACAGCGGCUGGGUAGAGAUGGCUCGCCAAUUCAAGGAGAGCAACUACUCGGCGUCGGGGCCAUUGUCCUUUUUCCACACAUGGGACACGCCCCUCACACACCCCAACAUCCAGAUUGCUCAACUCAGUCAGACCGGCUGCAAGGAGCUCCACGAUUUGGGAUAUACGCUGAGAACUCGCUACCCGGAUUUGUACCAGGAGGGCGAUGACUUCUACGUCUGGGCCAACAACUACACCCGGGUCAUCCAGACUGCCCAGUCAUUUGUGCGCGGAUACCUGGGGCCCAACUCGACGCUGCUCGGUAAAAUCGUCUCCGUCACGGGCCGCGGCAUGCCCGCCCACCUCGGCGACACCCUCGCGCCGUCCGACAUGUGUCCCACCUUCAAGGACGACAGCUCUGUGCAGACAUCAGCCUGGCGGUCCAUCUGGCUGCCGCCGUUCAUCGAACGCCUUUCUCAGUACAUCGACGGCGACCUGCAGCUCGACGAUUCCAAGUGGAACGACUUCCCGUACAUCUGCGGUUUCGAAUCCCAGAUCACUGGCCGGCUGUCCCCCUUCUGCGACACCUUCACGCAGGAGGAGCUCGACCAGUACGAGUACCACCAAGACCUCCGGUAUUACUACGGCGUGGGCCCCGGCGCGGACGUGUCUUCCAAGGUGAUGGUGCCGUUCCUGAACGCUCUGAUGCAGCGCUUCGUCGACGGGCCCGAGGCGGAGGGCGUCGCGGCCGGCGGCGGCACUUUCAAGCUCCCCAAGCUACUGAUGAACUUCCUCAACGACGGCCAGCUCAACCAGCUCGCAGCUGCGGUCGGCGUCUUCGACGAGCAGGAGCCCCUCCCGACGGACCGCAUCGCCGCGGACCGCCUCUGGCGCAGCUCGCGCAUCUCGCCCAUGCGCGGCACCAUCGCCUUUGAGCGCCUGAACUGCAAGGUCAGCACCGACGGCGGCAACAGCACAGCACCCCCCAUUACCACCACCACCUCGAAGGCCUGCAAGCCCCGGCCGACCGCUGGCGCGGGCGCGACACUUGCGCGCCGCCAAGCUCCGGGCAGGAACGAGACUUUCGUCCGCAUCCGCAUCAACGAGGCUGUCUACCCCGUGCCGUCAUGCCAGGACGGGCCGGGCAAGUCGUGCAGCGUGGCCAAGUAUGCCGCCUAC